AUGACGGCCUCAAUCCUACAACCGGUAAUCACACCGUCUGAUCAACAGCAACCCCAUCAGGAACAACAACCAAACUCUUCCUCCUCCCAAGCGCAGACCUCCACCCUCCCAAACCCCAACCACGAAGAACACCAAUACCUCUCCCUCCUCUGCACAAUCCUCACAACCGGCGAACACCGCCCGGACCGCACCGGCACCGGCACCCUCGCCAUCCCCUUCCCCCCUCAACUCCGCUUCACCCUAUCCCGUCCCCGUCCCUCCUCAGACCCCUCCUCAGACUCAGACUCAGACGCAGAAGAACCCUACGACCUCAUCCUCCCCCUCCUAACCACCAAACGCGUCCACCACCGCGCCAUCCUCCACGAACUCCUCUGGUUCAUCUCGGGCGCCACGCACGCGGGCCCGCUCAGCGCCCUGGGCGUUAAGAUCUGGGACGGCAAUGGCUCGCGCGCGUACCUCGACAGCGUGGGGCUGAAGCACUACGCAGAGGGGGAGCUGGGUCCCGUGUACGGGUUCCAAUGGCGGCAUUUUGGCGCCGAGUAUAUCCCUGAAAACGACGACCCCUACACCAACCAAGGAACCGACCAACUCGCCUCCGUCAUCCACAAACUCCGCACCACGCCCUACGACAGGCGCAUCAUCCUGAGCGCCUGGAACCCCGCCGAUCUCUCCAAAAUGGCGCUGCCCCCAUGCCACAUGUUUGCGCAAUUCUACGUCGAGUUCCCCGACGCCCCACGCGGCGAGAAGAAGAAGAAAGGCAUACUACACACCCUCUUCUACCAACGCUCCUGCGACAUGGGCCUCGGCGUCCCCUUCAACAUCGCCUCGUACGCGCUCCUCACGCACAUCCUGGCCCACGUGUGCGACUUGCGGCCGGGGACACUGACGCACACCAUGGGCGAUGCGCACAUCUACCUCGACCACGUGGACGCGCUCAAGACGCAGAUUGAACGGACGCCGAGGGAGUUUCCCUUGUUGAAGAUACGGAAUCGGGAAAAGGGGUGCAGCGUCGAUGGGUGGAGGGUUGAGGAUUUCGAGGUCGUGGGGUAUGAGCCGCACAAGGGGAUUGCCAUGAAGAUGAGUGUGUAG